ACUACCCUGUUACGGAAGGGAAUAAAAGAGUGCAAUUUUUUUUCCACGGAGAGGGGCGCGUCUUAAAACAAGACGAAAGUGGAGUAGAGAAUAAGGAACAAUAUGAGCGAAAUAACGAGUGUUGAACACCAACAACAACAUCAGCAAGAACAGCAGCAAGAACAGCAGCAGCAACAACAACAGUACGUAGGCAGCAGUUCAAAUUCAGAACAUCAUUGCAAAGAUUGUGGUCUUUACUUUGAAAGUGAUAAGAGUCUCGAAGUGCACCUGAGAUAUCACCAGGAGAACCUGCUCAGUCAGUGGGCGAGCCAGGCCCAGCAGGAGGAGAGUAACAACAAUAAUAGUAAGGCCGGCAAUAAUAACAGUCACGUGGGCGUCAAACGUGAUAGCGUGACUGCCCCGGCGGAUUCGAGCGAAUCUCCUUCGAGGUCGCCCUCGCAGGAUCCUAUGUGCUCUCAACAUUCAUCGACACAACAACAACAGCCAGUGCAGCAGCAGCAACAGGCUGUUCAGCAGCAGCAGCAGCAGCAGCCAGUUCAGCAGCAGCAGCAGCAGCAGCAGCAAGCUCAACAGCAGCAGCCAGCUGCUAAUCAGAGUUACAAUAAUUUUCAGACGUCAAUGUACGGCGAAAAUUAUUUCAUGCAGAACGAUCAGGCCUACAUGUUGUCCCAUCAUUACUCACCGCCGCGUGAGGAUAGCGGCGGGGGUGGAAGUUAUUCGCGUUACCAUCCAUAUCAACAUCCACAACAUUUUCCAUCGGAACGUGCCAAUUCAGUGAGUUCCACCAGUCCGAGAAGUCCGCCAUUACAAUGUGAGAAGUGCGGUGCUGUGUACGAGGAUGCGAAUCAGCUGGGUGAACACUUGAGAGCAAGUCACUCAAAUUCACCUGGAAUUUAUGCUGGACAACAUCAGUAUCAACAACUGGGUAACAGUCCUCAACAGCAAAAUCAACAACAACAGCAGAUGCACGCAUCGCCGCCGCAAUCUAGUCAGCAGCAACAACAGUCUGGUUAUGACUAUAAUGGUAGACAACCGAUAAAACUGGAAAUGAAUAAGGAACCAGACGAACAGGCAGAAAUUCUCGAUUUGGAUUCGCACAAAGUGCAAACUCACAGAUACGAGGAAGAGUUAAUAAGAAUCCAUCAGCAGCAGCAGCAAGAGUUGCAGCUACAAAUGCAUCAACAACAGGUAUUGCAACAUCAGCAGCAGCAGAGAACCGGUCCACAUUCGGUGAGUGCUAUGUUGGGUUGGCCACCGGCCGCACAACCUCAUGAUUAUCAUCCCGGGUUAUCACCUAUGGUUCCGAUGGAUAGUAUUUCACCACUUUCGGAUCAGAGUCAAUUCAUACGAGGGCAACACAUUCCCGUCGAAGCACCGCGACAUCCAAGUUCCCCUAUUGUUACAAGCACGCAACCGAUGCCUGGUCACCAGAUACCCGGCGGUCUGCUGCAACAACCGCCUAAACCUCCGCCUUUAGCUAAUCAAUCGUGGAAAAGUAACGAGGCGCGGCGGCCAAAGACCUACAACUGCACCGCGUGCAACAAGUGGUUCACCAGCUCGGGCCAUCUGAAGAGGCACUACAAUACGACGCUGCAUAAGAAUGCUGUUAAGCAGAGUAAUCAGCCAGAUCCAGCGAACUUGCCGAUCAGUGCUCAUCAUCAUCCUGGUAGAGAUAGCCAUUCUGGUGGCAGAGGCGGGGGACAAUCUAGAUCGCCAGAUUUACCUUCCGGAAGUCCCCCAAACUUGGUGGCAGGUCCCUCGGGCGAGGCGGCGAGGGGCCUGCUCCACACGCCCACCAAUGUUUACAACAACAGCAACAACAAUUCCAACAGCAGCAACAGCAGCAACGAAUCUUCAGCGGUAACGGUGGUGGGUCUAACGCAACAAUCGCCUACAGCGGUGCACUUGGGCCCCACAAUGGUACCGGCGCACAUUUCUCCGGUGCAAUCUCCACUGGCGGCCCAUCAUCAGCAACAAAUGGGUUCGCCGUCCUCCCAGCUGGGCCACCAACAUCAGCAGCAACAACAGCAGCAGCUGCAUCACCUUCCAAUGGGUUCGCCAUCGGGCCAACUUCCGGUCCAUCCCAUGAAUUCACCCAUGUCAACCAUGCACCCACCGCUAACGGCCCACCUGAAUUCCCCUUCGCCAAUGGGCUCCCACCCGCACCACCACAUGAAUUCGCCAUCUCCCAUAACGCCGGGCUCGGUCCACCCAGCAAUGGCUUCGCCCACGGCGAUGGGGGGUACUACGAUGCCUCAUCAGCCGUACCCAAACGCCUUGCCCCCCCACGUUAUAACUACUACCAACAUCCCGGGCCUGCUGGAGUCUAUCACCAUCCAGCUAACUACUACUGGUAAUGAGACGUCUUUACCGCUCUCCGAUAGUCAAUCUCAACACCAGCAGCAGCAUCACCCUGAAAACCAGCAACGGCAGCAGCAACGAGAACAGCUACAACAAACUCAGGAUGUUUUACCCGGUUUUGGAACCUUUAGCAAUCAUCAAAGGCUCCUACCAAGUUUCACGGAAUUCAACGCAACCGGGUUUAUGGCUGAUCCAAAUCAAUCGGAGGCCAUUAACGUGGGGGGGCUAAGUCCUGAGGAGAACCUAUCUCCUCAAAAUCAAUCGUUCGAAUCGCCUGAAUCGAGUUACGGUCUGUACCAUAAUUCACCGCCUCAAUACGAAUCCCUUACAACCAUGAGAGUAAACUCGCAGCCGAACACUGACGGCAUGAUUAUCAAGCGAUACGAAGUUCAAAUGCAUCUUGCACCGCAACCGCUUCAACAGACCCGCGACAAUUUGGAAGCGAACAAUAAUUUACCGCAAAUGAUACAAGCUAAAGAGGAACUAAAUCCAAAUAUCGGUGGGCAAAUAAUGAAGAAUCAAAAACUGAAGGACUAUUCUGUAAUUAGUAAGGAACAUCAGAUAAACAGCACAUACUCUGGCUCACAUUAUAUUUCCCAGAAUGGCUUUCACAAGUGCAUCGAAUGCGAUAAGGUCUUCAACAAGGCUUGCUAUUUGACACAACACAACAAAAGUUUUCACUCUGGUGACAAGCCGUACAAAUGCACUCAGUGCGGUAAGAGAUUCACCCUCGAAUACUUGCACGCAGAGCAUCUGCUGAAGCACGCCGGUGACAAGCCCUACAAGUGUGAAGUUUGUCCGAAACAAUUUAACCAUAAAACUGAUCUUCGGCGGCACUUGUGCCUCCAUAGUGGCGAAAAGCCUUACGCCUGUGAUACUUGCGGCAAGGGAUUCAUCAGAAAGGACCACAUGAUGAAGCACCUCGAGACGCACAAAAAGAGAAACAACCAUAACGUCCAUCUAAGGACGUGAUUUCAGAGAAGUUCCAACAUCGACGACUGGCAUCGUAGAUGAAGAAACAAUGAUCUGAUAAUCUUCGCCCCCACGGUGUGUUCGUGUUUAUCAAUCGAAAGGUGAGAUUUUUUGGUCGUCAAUUGAACAUCACGAUAGUCGGCUCGUA